AAUUAUGGAGCAAAAUAUUCCUCAUCAAUUGGUAAUUAGGAAUAAAAAUGGAGUUUAUUUAUGCAAUAUGUUGGCUAAAACAGAUGAGGAAAUGCAAUUAAUUAAUUAAGAUGGAAAUGUCUAAUUGAUUGUUUUGGAAAAUCAUAUAAUCAUGUUUAAUAAAUAAUCUAUCAAGCUCCAUGAUUAUAAAUAAUAAAUAAAGGAAUUAGAAUUUACAAAUUUAUAGAAUAUUCAUCUUACAGAAUCAAAAUAACAUCUUAUCAUAAUUGAUAAAUUGGAUUAGCAAUCAUUUUAAUUACAAAUAUUAAUGUUUCCUUCAUUAGAAUAAAAGGGAAUCAAUUUCAACAUUAAAAGUUUCAAAAGAGAAGCUUGGCCUUUGUUAAAAUAUUCAUCUGAUGAUUAAUAUUACUUUAUGAUAUAGAAUUAAAAAUUACAUUGUUAUGCUGAUAAUAAAUGUGUUUAUUAAACUGAUAUUGGAAAUUGUGAUUAUUUUAGUGUAUAACCUAAUACACCAAAACCUUUAGUAGUUUGUUAUAGUUUAAUGGAUUUUAAUAUUAAAGAAUCAUUUUUAAAGAUAGUUGAUAUAAAUGGUAAAAUUAAAUAUGAAAAGAAAUUACAUUAAACUAGUGAUUUAGAAGUUAUAUGGUCACCAAAUGGAUAAUCAUUAUUAAUAAAUAAAGGAUUUCAUGAAGACAAUACAAAUAAAAGUUAUUUUGGAUAAAAUUAAGUUUUAUUUUAUGAUUUUCCAAAAAAUGCACUUAGAGAAUUACCAACUUAUGAAGGACCUAUUCAUCAUGUAUAAUGGUCACCAUCUUCAAAGGAAUUUAUUUUAUUAUCUGGUUUUAUGCCUUCAGGUGCAGUUAUGUAUGAUAAUACUUGUAAACCAUUAUUUGAAUUUGGAAAAGACCAUAAAAAUAAAAUUAUAUGGGGAAAUGGUAGAUUUGUAAUGAUAUGUGGAUUUGGUAAUUUAGAUGGUUCUAUUCAUAUAUGGGAUGCUAAAACACUUAAAUAAAUUAGUAAUAGCAAAUACAAAUCAGCCAGUUUAUGUCAUUGGUCACCAUGUAGUAGAUAUUAUGUUUGUGCAAAAGUAACACCAAGAAUGAAUGUAGAUAAUUAAUAUUCACUUUUUGAUUAUCAUGGAAAAGAAAUAAUCAAUAGAAAGUUUUUGGAAUUAUAUGAUGUUUAAUUUAGACCUUCAAAUAUUAAAUUUGAAGAAAGACCUCCUACACCUAUUAAAUAAGUUUAAUAAGAACCACCAAAAAAAUAAUUUAUUGCUUUUGCUGAUAAUCCACUUGCAUAAUAAAUGAGAGCUAUGAAAGCAGGAGAAGGUGCUAGAGUAUUAUAAGUUGAUGAAACCUUUGGAAAAUAAUCAAACAAUAAUUAUCCUCCUGGUUAUGAACCUCCAAAAGAAAAGAAGAAAAGAGUAAGAAAACCAAAAUAAUAAUAAUAAUAAUAAUGAUA